GUUGAGAUCGGAUAUCAUUGAUAUGUUCAAUAAUGUUCCAAUUUAAAAUAAAUUGCGCAACUAGGGUGGAAAAACCGAGUUGUAGAAUAUCGUUAGGACUUGGAAGUAUAUUGAACAUCAUGAUUACUUAAAUGCGACAGCAUAAGGUCGGGGUUUCUGCCGACCACCCCUUUUUUUGAAUCUACGAAUCAACUACUACUCUAUCUAUUCUCCUUCUUGCAAUAAAAGCUCGAUAAUUUCCACACAGUACUAACUCGAACUGUAUUCAUAAUAUUUUUUUUUUUGAAAAACUCGAAUGCAGAAGACAUUAAAAUUUUAUUUAUUUUCAUAAAAUUCAAGCAACGUCGCAAAUAUUUGUUAACUUUUAUUUAAUAUAGUUUUAUUACGAAGAGAUAAUUACAAUUUUUAUAAAAUCUUAUGCAAAAUGACAUCGAUGAUACCGACCGCACGUUAUCGGCCCGUGGUGCGCAUUGGCAAUUGGUUUGAGGACAUCUGUUUGGAGCAGGAAAAAGUGCAAGCCUUUAAGAGCCUACGCGACCGUGGACAAUUAUUGGUGGAGAAGACACGUCGACUCUUCGAUAAUUUUCACAAAGCCAUUGAAUUGGAGGCGCCCAAAGAGAAUGUCUACUUCGGCGCCAUUGUACAGUUAAUGCCAAUGAAGAUGAAUAUCUGUGAGGAGCAUGUAAAGGUACAGCCCGCACUCUCGGUCAUCAUUAAUGAGCGCGUUGUGCGGCAUAGUCAGAAUAUCAAUGACGAGUGCGAAAUAACCAUUGCGCCCUCGGUCACACCCUGUGUACGCAAUUCGUUUCGUAUAGUCAGUGGCGAUGAGAAGGAUCGCACCAAUGAGGUGAUUAAAUAUGGACAACAAUUUCGCUUGGAAUGUGUGGAGAGCCAAGAUGCUAUGCUGCUAUUGUAUAGUGCGCCGAAAUCGGCGGAUUUGAAGAGCAUGAUUUAUACGACCUUUGAUUCGAGAAAAUGGGGCGAAAUCAACCUGCCACUUGGGUUAUGUAGGAAAAGUAACUGUGGUCCCGGCAAAGAAAUACCCUCAGCAUAUACGAAAUGGUUUUGCACUCACAUUGAGCCGAAGAAGCGUUUCGAAAGUCAUGGUUCGCCAGUGCCGAGCAACACCGCUUUAGUUAUCACACAUGUUCCAACUAAUAAGAAUCUUGCGGCGGAAAACGUAGUUGUACAAACACUUUUUGGGCCGGAAUUCCUCGUUUCAGUGCAGAACUAUAAAGAUAUCUACAAUCGUGAACGUUGGCAAAAUAUAUGGAUGAUUUGUAAUGGACAGAGUGAGGGUAAACGUUAAGUGAAUAUUCCACAAAUAGUAGCAAAAUCAUUGAACCCAACGGCUGCAAAAAUAUAGGGAAAGAAUUUAAAAUGCAAAAAAUACAAAAAACAAAUCAAACUUGUAAAAAAAAAAACAAUAAAUUAAAUAAAAAAUAGCGCAUGCAAAAAAUAUUUGCACGUCCG